AUGGUGGGCUGGACACGUAACGUCUAUGAAGGACAACUGAUGGACAGAGCCGUUAGUGACUGGAUUCCUCGGGAUGUUAAACGUACUGCAGGAAGACCACCUACCCGAUGGUCAGAGUUUUUCAUGAAGAGCCUAGAAGCAAGAUAUGAUGCUCAACGAGUUCCUAAAGCGAGCAAAACCCACUGGGCUACCCUUGCACGCGACAGGGAAAAAUGGAGGAUUUACUCGCGCCAGCUCGAUUUACGACCACAGGGAGUACAGGUGAUACAGAUGACAAUGACUCGCGGUGGCCUACUGAUUUAUCGAGCCAGUGCUGCUAUCCUCUCUAUCCUCUUAGGCAAGUCUAGUACCAAUUUGGCGGUUCUGGAAAGAUGGAAAGCUUGGUGA